CGAGGCGGUGAGGUGUUCGCAGGUUCCCAGCACUCUUGCCGAAGGACUCUUGUCCUUCCCUACCAGAGCAGCAUAGGAGGGAAUGGCUGCUGUGUCUCCACCUACCAGAUGUCAGGCAUUGGUGACAUUUGAAGAUGUGGUGGUGACUUUCACAGAUGAUGAGUGGAAGCAUUUGGUACCUGUGCAGAGGGCACUCUACAAGGCCGUGAUGCUGGAGAACUAUGAAAGCAUCAUCUCACUGGGCCUUCCCAUUCCUCGACCUGAUGUGAUUCUUCAGUUAAAGAGAAGGGGCGAGCCCUGGACUCGGGAUCUUCAUGAAUCUGAGGAAAAAGCAUGGCCAGAGAGUGUCUCUUUAGACUUGGAAACUAAGUCUGAGACCCUAGAUACUUUAGAAGGCACACUGAGGGAAAUCUAUGGAAGGCAAAGUUCUCUAUGCCCUAAACGUGAAAUCCAAACACUAACAGGUAGGUUGGAACCAGAGAAGGAAAUCCCCAAAGCAAAGACCUGCAAAAAGCCCCUUCCCUUGGAUAAAAGCUUGCAGCAAAGGUCAGCUCCAUCCAAGAAAACCCUCGCUAAACACCAAGACCAGGAAUGUAGUGAGUGUGGGAAGACUUUCUUUGACCAUUCAUCCCUCAUCCGCCACCAGAGGACUCACACUGGAGAGAAACCAUAUGACUGUCCUGAGUGUGGGAAGGCCUUCAGCCACAGAAGCAGUCUCAGUAGACAUCUGAUGUUCCACACGGGAGAGAGCCCGUAUGAGUGUAGUGCGUGUGGCAAGGCCUUCUUUGACCGUUCAUCCCUAACUGUACAUCAGCGGAUUCACACAGGGGAGAAGCCGUUUAAAUGCAAUGACUGUGGCAAAGCCUUCUUUGACCGCUCAUCCCUUACUCGCCACCAGCGAAUCCAUACUGGAGAGAGUCCCUAUGAAUGCCAGCAGUGUGGGAAAGCCUUCAGCCAGAAGAGCAUUCUCACCCGUCACCUGCUGAUCCACACUGGCAGGAAGCCUUACGAAUGCAAUGACUGUGGGAAAGCAUUCUAUGGCGUCACCUCCCUAAACAGACACCAAAAAGUGCACACUGGGGAGCCCCGUUAUCAGUGCAGCGAGUGUGGCAAAGCUUUCUUUGACCGCUCUUCCCUUACACAGCACCAGAAGAUACACACUGGAGACAAGCCAUAUGAGUGCAGCGAGUGUGGGAAAGCCUUCAGCCAGCGGUGCCGGCUAACCAGACAUCAGAGAGUUCAUACGGGGGAGAAACCCUUUGAGUGCAGUGUGUGCGGCAAAGAGUUCAGCUCCAAGUCCUCAGUUAUUCAGCAUCAGAGGCGUUACGCCAAACAAGGGAUAGACUGAGCAAGGGGAAGCAUGAGCUAGACCCAUGGGUUUUCCUUCAAGCUUGGAAGGUUUCCGUGUCAUCUACAAAUCCAGCAUUUGUUCGUCCUGCUAGCUCUGUCUUCUGUCCGACCUCUGCUCGAGGGUCUGAGUAAAUGGUGUACCUCCUAUGCUACAGAACUAACAUGGAGUACAGAAACUAAACCAUGAAUCUCCACAUUCAAAAUUUUGCACAGAGGCUGUGCAUAGCUCAGUGAUAGACUACUGUCUAGCAUGCAUGAAGAGCUGCAGUGUGAUCCCAAGCACUGCACAAGAAAGUUGGAGAGAUUGUCAGACAACAGAAUAGAUGUUAGGAGAGGAAUCUGCAGACAUAGUGAGAAUAGGCUUGUUAUCACUGCACUUUAAAUAGCUGCAGGCUAUUACAGUUGGAGAAUGUCACAAUUAUGGGAGAAUACCAUUUUCUCCAAAAAUUUCUAUAGCUCUUUGUUUUUCUGAAGCUUUUUGGCACCCAGACCUUGUUCUCUUGUGCCCCAGUAUUUAACCCUCCUAGACUAGUAGUAGUGGUAGCACUUACUAAGCACUUGUCUUAGGGUAAACUCUCAGCGGUGAAUUGUAAAAGUGCUAGAUUGACUGAUCCUCUCACUAAAUCUAUGAAAAAGGUCCUUUUGCUGUCUGAAUUUCACAGAGGAGCACACUGAAGUUUAGAGAGAUUAAGUCAUAUAGUCUAGGGAACACAAGGUGAAGCCAGGUGUCUUAGUUGUUUUUCUAUUGCUGUGCAGAGACAUGAUGGCCAAGGCAACUUAGAAAGCAUUUGCAGGGCUUGCAUAUAGUUCCAGGGGAUGAGUCUGUGACCAUCAUUGUGGGAGCAUGGUGACAGGCAGGCACAGAACUGGAGCAGAACUUACAUCUGAUCCACAAGCAGUAGGCCAAGAGAUAGGGAGAGACAGACAGACUGGCCUUGGCACACUGGUCUUGGCAAGGGCUUUUGAAACUUCAAAGCCCACCCCCAGUAUACACCUCCAACAAAGCCACGCCUCCUAAUGCUUUCUAAACAUUCCAUCAAUCAGGAACAAAACAUUCAAAUAAUGAGCCUAUGGAGACAAUUCUUAUUCAAGCCACUUCAUUCCACUCAAGGACAUGAUCAACAACCAAUCCUCACACUUGAAAUGGGCCUUUUUGUUGUCUAAAUUUUACAGAUGUGCUCACUGAAGUUUAGAGAGAUUAAGUAAAAUACCCUACAUGACACAAGGUGAAACUAGGUCUUCAGUAUGGGUCUGCCUUCAGUGUUUCUACUAUAGAUUAUGCUCUUAAAUUUUGUCUUAUAAUUGGCAUACCUGAACUAUCUUAGCUGGAUUGUAAGCACUUAGAGAUGUGAUUUAAUAGGUCUCUCUGUCUUACGGCAUGCCUUGCAAAUAUUAGGUGAUCAAUAAAUGUUUAAAUGAAUAACAAAGUUUCUCUGUUUAAAACCUGCGUGGGUCCACCUCCUUUCUCUCUAAAUUUUCACAGUGCAGCCUCUUAACAUACUAGUCAUCACUUCCAAGAUCAAUUUCUUCCUUCUUCAUUGCUCAUGGUACAGUAACAAGCCUCCUAAAUAAACAGAAACCUGUGACUCUCA